UUAUUCAUACUAUCCAAAAAUUGAAAACAUAUUGUAACUUAUAACUGAAUUUGAUUCAAUUCUAUACCAAUUUAAAGAUGUUGACCGCCUGUCCUGAGGAGUUACCUAAUCCGCACAAGAACUGCCUGCGGGAAAUGCUGAACACGUUGAUUUGCAAUGACCAGGAUGUGAAGCGUUUGAAUACAGAAUUGAGGAAUCUGCAGGUGGAACUCAAGGCGGAGUUGAACAAAAUUGACAAGUCACCUGAGAAAUGCAGCUCUGAGAAGAAAAAGUCAAUGAAGAAUCAGUUAUGUGAAGUGGAUGAGGAUCUCUCGGACUUCACCAAGCGCAUCAUCAAUCUGGACGAGGUCAAGCAUUUCUAUACCAAACGAUGUGAGGAAAUACGUCAGCGUCGGGAUAGCAUUAUUGUCUAUGGCAGACAGUGCAUGCAGGCCUACAGCGAGGAGAAGUGCAAGUUUAAGUCCUUCCAUGAGAACACCAUUGAUUAUGUUAAGCGAACAGCGGCAUUGUCCCAGGAUCAGAAUGUCAUUCAGCGCUGUGAACACGACAUUUGCGAAAUGCACAAGAGAUUCGUUAAGGAGGUGGCCAAUUUGAAGCAAUGCGAAUCACAAUUACAGCCCUUCUUCAAACUUCUCAAGGAUUCCGACCCGACUGCCAUGUGUGAGUGCUGUUGCUUCAAGGAAUACGAUUGGUUGCCCCAGGGUAAAAAUCUAGAUGUGGUCGAUAACAUGGCCAAUGAACUGAAGGACAAGAUGGGCAAAGUCCUGGUCGGCGCCUUGGCCCAACUGCACACUCACAUGCCCCAGGACAUGCAUGGAUUUAUAGCCGGAUAUCUCAUGAAUGUCGAACGCAACGAACAGGAAGUCAAAGAGAAAUUAGAUAUAUUUCAGGAUAAAGAGGAACCCGAAAAUAAAGAGGUGCCGGACCCAACAUUCCACUGCGAUACUGAUUGCCCGAAAAAAGAGUAAUUCUUCCACACAAUUGAGAUUAAAAUUAAUUUGUUUAUCGUUUAAAAUAAUUAAUUGAAUUAAUGUGAAAUGCCUCUAGAAAAGCACAAAUAACAAA